AUGCACAUCCCACUCGUCGCGCAAUACGCUGCUCACCUCCUCCCUUUCUUCCAAUCCCCGCCACCGCCAUCCGGUCCCACCACCCUCGGGUUCCGGCCAAUACACGCCCAUGCUCAGUCAAAGACGAGCUCAGGCAAGAGCACACCGCAGCUCUUGCUCCACGAUGCGAGUCAGUCACCAUCAGAGUAUCAGGCUUCUGCGAGUGGCGACGGCUCAGACCUCCAUAUCCGGACUCGUCCGAUCACAAUCCGCCGCCCUCGCUCUCGUCCACCCCACAUGACGUCCUGGGCUCAAUCGUACUUUGCCACUCAGCCUGGCAUCGUCCUUCCCUACUCGUCCUCCCCAAAUCACACCCAGGCCUGGGUCGCGCCUGACUAUGCCGAUAUCGAUGGCGAAUGGGACGACGUGGAGAUCCCGGGACCGGACGUCACCGAUCGUCAGACACUCAUCGCGCUGGCCAAGAUGGCAUCGGACGCGUACAUCCUGCCGGGGACAGACGAGUGGUGGCCUGUCAACGGGUGGAACGACACGGUACCAUUCGGCUGGGAGGCGGAUGCUGACGGGUUGAGGGGGCACAUCUUUGCGGAUCCAAAGAAUGAGACUGUGAUUAUUGCGAUCAAGGGGACCAGCGCGGGCGUAUUGGGGUCAGGUGGUCCGACGGCCAAGAACGACAAGUACAACGACAACCUGCUCUUCUCGUGCUGCUGCGCGAGGGUUGACUUCUCCUGGAGUACCGUCUGCGACUGCUAUGCUGGCGGCUACAACUGCAAGCAGACCUGUCUGGAGAAGGCUCUAGUAGAAGACUCGGUAUAUGCUACUGUUGGGACUAACCUUUACAAUAACGUCACCUAUAUGUACCCCAACGCUAAUAUCUGGCUGACGGGCCACUCUCUCGGCGGAUCUGUAUCAGCCAUGAUCGGUCUCGCCUUCGGUUCCCCCGUCGUCACCUUCGAGGCACCAGGCGACCGCCUCCCCUCCCGCCGUCUCCACCUCCCCCAACCUCCAGGUGUCCCUUCCGAGAAGACAGGCAUCACCCACAUAUACCAUACCGCCGAUCCUAUCCCGCAGGGCGCAUGUACCGGAAGCUACUCAGGCUGCUACGCCGCCGGCUUUGCCCUCGAGAGUAAAUGCCAUACGGGCCAGACGAUCCUGUACGACACCGUAACGGUCAAGGGCUGGUCUGUCGAUGUGCGGACGCACAGGAUCGGCGAGAUUAUCAAUAAGGUGUUGGUAGAUCCGUGGCCGACCGAGUCGCCUGACGAGCCAGGAGAUGGGGAUGAGAGGUGGGAGAAGCAUGGGGGUGUGCCGCCAGCCAGAUCGGAGGAUGAUUGUGUGGAUUGUUACAAGUGGUAA